GCGGACCUAACGUUCGGGGCUAACGCUUUCGAAAACGAACAGAUGGAGUCUCCAGGGAGAAGUCAAUGCUCCAGGCCUGCUGAUGGAGACCAAAGUGAGGAAGAGGGAAGUCCCACAGAGAGACUUGGUUCUGCUCAGGCUAGCCCUCAUCACCGUAGGAGCUCCAGUUCCAGUGGCUCAGACAGCAGUGAUGAAGAGGAGGAGGAAGAUGCUGUGGUUAAGAUGAGGAGCAGCGUAGCCCAGAUCAAGAGGGGCCCAGAUGAUGAGGCGAAGAGGAGACACAGAAGCAGCUCUCCUGAACACAGAGCCAGAUCUCGAUCCAGGAGUCAAGAACGAGACCGCUAUGACAGAGGACGUCAUGCACGGGAUCGCUAUGAUGACAGGGCAACCCACUAUGACCAACGCUCCAGCCGGGAUGCAGAUUUAGAGCGCAGGAGGCGGGGUCGCUCUCCUUCCCCAGCCACUAGGGAGUCAGCAGCAGCUGACAAGCCUCCAGUCAAGAAGAAGAAGGAUGAGGUGGACCCAGUACUGACGCGGACCGGUGGGGCUUACAUCCCCCCCGCCAGACUACGCAUGAUGCAAGCCCAGAUCACAGACAAGAGCAGCUUGGCCUAUCAGAGGAUGAGCUGGGAGGCUCUGAAGAAGUCCAUCAACGGUCUGAUCAACAAGGUCAACGUGUCAAAUAUUGCCAACAUCAUCCAGGAACUACUGCAGGAAAAUAUCGUCAGGGGCAGGGGUCUGUUGGCCCGCUCGGUGCUCCAAGCACAGGCGGCGUCUCCUAUCUUCACUCAUGUCUACGCUUCUCUGGUGGCCAUCAUCAACUCCAAGUUCCCCCAGAUCGGAGAGCUGAUCCUCAAAAGACUCAUUCUGAACUUCAGGAAGGGCUACAGACGCAAUGACAAGCAACAGUGUCUGACAGCCUCUAAGUUUGUUGGUCACCUCAUCAACCAGAACGUGGCUCAUGAAGUGCUGUGUCUGGAGAUGUUGACUCUUCUGUUGGAGCGUCCGACAGAUGACAGUGUUGAAGUCUCCAUUGCCUUCCUCAAAGAGUGUGGACUGAAACUAACCGAAGUGUCCCCUCGAGGAAUCAACGCCAUCUUCGAGCGACUGAGGAACAUUCUUCACGAGUCGGCCAUCGAUAAGCGAGUGCAGUAUAUGAUUGAAGUGAUGUUCGCCAUCAGGAAAGAUGGUUUCAAAGACCACCCUGUCGUCUCUGAGGGCCUGGACCUGGUGGAGGAGGACGACCAGUUCACACACAUGUUACCGCUGGAAGAUGACUACCAACCAGAGGAUAUCCUCAAUGUGUUUAAGCUGGACCCAGACUUUGUGGAGAAUGAAGAGAAAUACAAAACCCUUAAAAGAGAGAUCCUGGAUGAGGGCAGCAGUGAUUCAGGACAGGAUGGAGAUGCCAGUGAAGAAGAAGAUGAUGACGAUGAUGACGAAGAGCAUGAAGAUGACGCUGGAGAAGAUCAGGACAAGGUCACCAUCUUUGAUAAGACAGAAGUCAACUUGGUGGCCUUCAGGAGGACCAUCUACCUGGCUAUACAGUCCAGUUUAGAUUUUGAGGAAUGUGCCCACAAACUGAUCAAGAUGGACUUCCCUGAUAGCCAGACAAAAGAGUUGUGCAAUAUGAUCCUGGACUGCUGUGCCCAGCAAAGAACCUAUGAGAAGUUCUUCGGCCUGCUGGCGGGGAGGUUCUGUCUAUUGAAGAAAGAGUACAUGGAGUCUUUUGAGAGUAUUUUCUCAGAACAGUACGACACCAUCCACCGCUUGGAGACCAACAAACUGCGCAACGUAGCUCGCCUCUUCGCCCACCUGCUUUACACAGACUCUAUACCCUGGAGUGUGUUGGAGUGUAUAAAGGUUAGCGAGGAGACCACCACGUCCUCCAGUCGUAUAUUUGUGAAGAUCCUCUUUCAGGAGCUUUGUGCUUACAUGGGCCUCCCCAAACUCAACCAGCGACUCAAAGAUAUAACUCUUCAGCCAUUCUUUGAGGGUCUGUUUCCUCGUGACAAUCCCAGGAAUUCUCGUUUCGCCAUCAACUUCUUCACAUCCAUCGGACUGGGAGGACUAACUGAUGAGUUGAGGGAACAUCUGAAGAAUGCUCCUAAGAUGAUCAUGACACAGAACCAGGACGUUGAUUCCUCUGACUCCUCUUCCUCCUCUGACUCCUCCUCCUCUGACUCAUCCAGUCAGUCAGAGUCAGAAUCCUCUAGUCAAUCAGAUUCCUCCUCCAGCAGCAGCAGUAGUUCAGACUCGGACUCCAAACACAAGAAGAAGAAGAAACACAAGAGCUCCUCCCACGCACACAAACCUCCCAACCACAAGUCGGCCCGCGAGGAGAGGACCCAUAAGAAGCAAGCUGCUCGUCGGCAUGGAGACCACAGUAGUGAUGAUGAUGAUGAUAAUGAAGGUGGAAGUCCUCCCACGCAGGACAGGGGGGAGCGUAGACACGAGGGCGCCCACAGGAAGAGGAGAGACUCUGAGGAUGACAGCCAGGCAGGCUCCCGAGGCAAACGGAGAGAGGGAGAGAAGGAGCAACAGAGGGAGAAACGCAGAGAUAGAGCUGGAGACAAAGAUAAGGAGAACAAGGAGGACAGCAGGGAGAGAGACAAGGAGGUGAGGAGAGACAGAGACAAGGAGGUGAGGAGAGACAGGGACGAGGAGGUGAGGAGAGACAGGGACGAGGAGGUGAGGAGAGACAGAGACAAGGAGGUUAGGAGAGAGAGAGACGAGGAGGUGAGGAGAGACAGAGACAAGGAGGUGAGGAGAGACAGGGACGAGGAGGUGAGGAGAGACAGGGACGAGGAGGUGAGGAGAGACAGGGACGAGGAGGUGAGGAGAGACAGAGACAAGGAAGUUAGGAGAGAGAGAGACAGGGACGAGGAGGUGAGGAGAGACAGAGACGAGCAGGGGAGGAGAGACAGGGACGAGGAGGUGAGGAGAGACAGGGACGAGCAGGGGAGGAGAGACAGGGACGAGGAGGUGAGGAGAGACAGGGACGAGCAGGGGAGGAGAGACAGAGACAAGGAAAUUAGGAGAGAGAGAGACGAGGAGGUGAGGAGAGACAGAGAUGAGGAGAGGCGAGAGAGAGACGAGGUGAGGAGAGACAGAGACAAAGAGGUGAGGAGAGACAGGGACAAAGAGGUGAGGAGAGACAGGGACAAAGAGGUGAGGAGAGAGAGAGACAAGGAGAACAGGGAGGUGUCUCCACGGAGGAGGAGAUAAGCCUUUUCUCCUCUCAUGUCUCUCCCCAUCCCCCUGUCCCAGCAAGGAGCGUUUGUUUUCCUUCCCCGUCUGAGGGUUGAACGCACCACACGCCUGUCUGCCUGAACGGCUCGUGACAGCAUCACAGGUCUUUAACCGGGGGGGGUGUGACCUUUGACCCCUGGCCCAGUUCAGCACCAACACAGUAGUCCUCCGAGAUAGCCGACUUCCCCGGUAGCGUAGCGGGAGCUGCCUGUGUGUCCCUUUGGGUUGUCCUCGUGUCUUGCUGCUGGGUUAAGCAGCUUGGUUUUGACGCCACACGUUUUGUACUUCCACUUUGUUAUUGUUAUAAAAUGCCACACAACAUUAAAGUUCUCCUCACCCCCUUUGCCAAGCGGCGUCUUG